AUGAACCAGUCACUGCAAGGAUCUCAAGAUAAUCUCCAAACAGGUGUUGACUUUCUCCCUUGGAAUAGUCCAGGUAAUCUGAUUUCUCAUGAAACCUAUUUGACAACAACAUUCUAUUUGGAUGCUGUGGUUAAGCCCAUCGUGUUUGUUAUCGGCGUGCCCACCAACAUCCUCAACUGUCUGGUGUUCAAACAGCAAGGCCUUCGAGACCGCAUGAACCUCUGUCUGUUUGCUCUGGUGUUUGUGGACAUGACUUACUUAGCUUACUCCAUGAUGUUCACCACGGCAUUCUGCAUUAGAAAGCUGGAGCCAGCCAUAGGAGAAGAGCUGUACAUGAAGAUGCAGUAUUAUGGUAUCAGUAUUAACUAUGGGUUGAGAGAGACUUCGGCCGGCAUCAGUGUCUUGAUUGCUGUGGAGAGAUGCGUGUGUGUAGUCUUCCCACUACUGGCCAACACUCUCAUCAGCACCCGAACCAUGAGCAUCCUGUUGGCUACCAUAGUGAUCGGCAUGCAGCUGGCCUUCGUCACCACCCCUGUCAAAAAGCGGGUAUUUCCGGUGUACGACAACACUACAGGUGGGACAAGGUGGGCAGUAGCUCCUUCAGCUGCCUGGCAGGAGAAUCAGGCGUUGAUGCUUUACGACAAAAUGGAAGACACCUUCAUGAUGAUUGUCUUUCCUCUCUUUACCUUCAUCUUGGUGUCGGGUGCAACAGCCAUCACGGUAAUUAAGCUCAGAGCCGCCAUCUUGUGGAGGACGAAAAUCAGAUUCUCUGGAAGUGAUGCCCAAGACCACCAGGUGGCGCUGACCAAGAUGCUCGUACUCGUCUCGUGCGUGUUCAUCGCCAGCAAAGCGCCGUGGGUGGCCAUCACCGUGACUCGAAUCUUCUAUCCAGACUUCUCGCCAUCCGGCAGUCAGUCUAACCUCUACCGUGUGUUGGAGGUGGUGUAA